AAGAUACUCCAAUUAAGGAGUAUUAUUCAAGAAACUUUUUGAUUUCCAAAUCCGUUUAGAAUUCCUAUUAAAGGUUAAACAAGGGUUCUUACGCCUAUAAAUACUCACAUAACCCCUCACAAAACUCACACAAAAACAAAAACAAAUCCUCUAGCUUUUCCGAUUAACAUGGCGAUCAUCACCGAAGAAUUCUCCAACGAACCUCAAACCGGCGUCGUAACAAACCAACCACAAAACGCCGGCGAAGAAAAGACUGCUGAGAAGGAGAAAAAAACCCUACUUGUUCCCAACAAUGGCAACGGUCUCGACAUGGAAAACCAUGCAUGGACACAAACCCUAGAAGAACUCACCGUGACCAUCCCCGUCCCGGCCGGAACAAAAUCAAGAAACGUCGUCUGCGAAAUAAAGAAAAAAUCGUUAAAAGUUGCACUAAAGGGUCAAGAAACUCCAAUUCUUGACGGCGAGCUUUUUGCAACCGUUAAAGUUGACGAUUGUUUCUGGAACUUGGAAGAUAAUAAAACCAUCUCUGUGCUUAUGACGAAGUUUGACAGACAAAACUGGUGGAAAUCGUUGUUGGUUGGUGGACCGGAGAUUGAUACACAAAAAGCUGAGCCGGAAGCGAGUCGGCUGGGCGAUUUGGACGGUGAAACCAGGUCGGUUGUGGAGAAGAUGAUGUAUGAUCAGAGACAGAAGCAGAUGGGGCUUCCGACGAGCGAUGAGAUUGAAAAGGAGGGGAUGUUGAAGAAGUUUAUGGCUCAGAAUCCUAACAUGGAUUUUUCUAAUAUGAAGAUGAUGUAGGUUGGAUUAUGCAUUUUAGGUUUUCAUUAGCAUUAGGUUUGGAUUUUUUAGUUCUUUGUUAAUUACGUUUUAGAACUUUUUUUUUUUUUUUAGAAUUGUUGUUGGUCCUUAAUUUACUUAAUGGAUUGAUUUUGUUUUAUAACUUUUGUUCUUUUUUUGUUAGUCUUUAAUUUACUUAAUGGAAUGAUUUUUGAUUGCUGA